AACACCAAAGAACACCACUAUCACCACCAUUUACAAUUACACACAUUUUAUUUUUUGGUUUCCUUUUUGUUUGACACAUAAAAGACCCUCACCCAAAUCUCAACCUGAUAAACUUUCUUCCUCUCUGUCUCUCUCUCUUGCAUUUCAAUUCAAUCAAUCUCUCAAUUUUUUUUUUCUUUAUUUCUUCCUUUCAUUUUUAUUUUCUGUCUCUUCUUAUUACCCCAAAAUUUUGGCCUACUUUUCAUCAUCACUUUAUACCCCAACAAUCCAAAGAACAAGACUUUCCUCCCCAAGUCUUGAUUUUUAUUUCUGGGAUUCUACUAUUAAGCCCAAAAAAUGUGUUUUUUGAACAUUUCAUUAAGGAUCUGUGCUUGACCUAUCGAGAUUUUGGAGGAUAAUUGAUCUAAGAUCUGGGGGGGUGGUGAGGAUAUUAAGUGGAAUGUGAAUUGCAUGGGGUGAGGAUGCCAGAGUUGAGAAGCGGAGCCCGGAGAUCAAAACGCCUUGAUGAUCUUCAGCCUCCUCAACCUGUUGAUCAAGCAGAGAAUUGGGUACUGCCUGCUCAAAACAGAACCAGGAGGAGAGUUGGUGGACGAGGAAGGGGUAAUGCUGCAGCUGUAGCCAAAGGGCCCUCACCGGCGGUACCUACAAGGCCAACAGCUGCUGGUAGAGGCCGGGGCAUAAGGUUGAUAGAUUUAGACCCUGAGCCUUGUCAGGUUCUUCCUGAGGCUGCACCUUUAGCUGCUGCAGAACCUGCUUUAAAUCGAGUAGAGGUAGUGGCAGAUAAAGAUAUUGCGAUGGAGGGUGGGAGCGCUGACAAAAUAAUGGGGGUUGAAGAAGAAGCUAGCACAACCCCAGUUCCUGAACGGGUACAAGUGGGUAAUUCUCCUGUAUAUAAGAUAGAAAGGAAAUUGGGUAAGGGUGGUUUUGGCCAAGUUUAUGUUGGCCGAAGGGUAAGCGGUGGUAGUGAUAGAACUGGACCAGAUGCAAUUGAGGUGGCCUUGAAGUUUGAGCACCGGAACAGUAAAGGCUGCAAUUAUGGUCCGCCUUAUGAGUGGCAAGUGUACAAUACCCUAAACGGAUGCUAUGGGAUUCCUUGGGUCCAUUACAAGGGUCGCCAGGGAGACUUCUACAUUCUGGUAAUGGAUAUGCUUGGUCCUAGCCUAUGGGAUGUUUGGAAUUCUCUAGGACAAUCGAUGUCACCAACUAUGGCUGCCUGCAUUGCAGUGGAGGCAAUAUCAAUUCUUGAAAAGCUUCAUUUAAAGGGGUUUGUGCAUGGAGAUGUGAAGCCUGAGAAUUUUUUACUAGGUCAACCUGGAUCAGCUGAUGAGAAGAAGCUAUAUCUUAUUGAUCUUGGUUUAGCUUCUAAAUGGAAAGAUGCACACUCUGGUCAACAUGUUGAUUAUGAUCAGAGGCCUGACGUGUUCAGGGGAACAAUUAGGUAUGCUAGUGUACAUGCACAUUUAGGUCGGACUGGAAGUCGUAGGGAUGACCUUGAGUCAUUGGCAUACACAUUGAUAUUUCUAUUAAAAGGACGGUUACCGUGGCAGGGUUAUCAGGGGGAUAACAAGAGUUUUCUGGUUUGCAAGAAAAAGAUGGCCACUUCUCCAGAGUUGAUGUGUUGCUUUUGUCCUGCCCCAUUUAGACAGUUUCUUGAAGCUGUUACAAAUAUGAAGUUUGAUGAGGAGCCCAAUUAUGCCAAGCUCAUAUCCUUCUUUGAAAGCCUAAUUGAACCAUGCACGCCAUUGAGGCCAAUAAGAAUUGAUGGAGCUCUUAAGGUUGGGCAAAAGCGGGGAAGAUUAGUCAUUAAUUUGGAAGAAGAUGAGCAACCGAAGAAAAAAAUACGGCUUGGUAGUCCUGCUACUCAGUGGAUUUCUGUUUAUAAUGCACGCCGUCCUAUGAAGCAGAGAUAUCACUACAAUGUAGCAGAUUCGAGGUUGCGUCAGCACAUAGAUAAGGGUAAUGAAGAUGGAUUGUUUAUUAGUUGUGUCGCUUCAGCAGCUAAUCUCUGGGCCCUGAUCAUGGAUGCCGGAACGGGAUUCACUUGCCAGGUUUAUGAUUUGUCAACAGUCUUUCUGCACAAGGAUUGGAUUAUGGAGCAGUGGGAAAAGAACUACUAUAUAAGUUCAAUAGCUGGAGCAAAUAAUGCGAGUUCCUUGGUUGUUAUGUCAAAAGGAACUCCUUACACCCAGCAGUCCUACAAAGUGAGUGAAUCUUUUCCCUUCAAGUGGAUAAAUAAGAAGUGGAAAGAAGGCUUUCAUGUAACAUCAAUGACAACUGCUGGGAGUCGCUGGGGUGUGGUAAUGUCAAGGAACUCUGGAUUUUCUGAUCAGGUUGUGGAGCUUGACUUUUUGUAUCCAAGCGAAGGAAUACAUCGGCGAUGGGAGAGCGGUUACAGAAUAACAUCUAUGGCUGCAACUGCAGAUCAAGCUGCCUUCAUACUGAGCAUUCCUAAACGAAAAAUGAUGGAUGAAACUCAGGAAACUCUGCGUACAUCUGCCUUUCCUAGCGCCCAUGUAAAGGAAAAAUGGGCCAAAAAUCUCUACAUUGCAUCAAUUUGUUACGGGCGGACAGUCUGCUAAUUCUGGAGUGUACAUUGUGACAUAGUCCAAAAAGGAAAAAAAAAUAAUUUGAAAGUUCAAAUUUUGGAAAGCUGUUGAGGUAUUUUUGGUCUUGAAUUGAGUAUGGGUGGGGUUAACUCUGCUAUAAAAUCUCCUCAUAUGGAGUGUAUAAAGGGGAAAAGGAAAAGAAAGAAAAAAAGAAGAGAAUUCAUAGAAUUUGGGAGUUGGAAUUCUAAUGCCCUGAGCGACCUUGAGAUAGUGUGGGCAGCUGUUUGUCAAAACAUACAUUUCAUAGUAACCGGUCUUGUGCUUUGAAUUAUCA